AUGAUGCAGCGCAUUAGCCGAGCAAGGCGCCGCCGCCGCCAAAUAUAUCCUCGAGCUGACACCAACAAGAUGAGAAAAGAAUCCCCCAUGCAAUGGGCCGGGGAAGAUUGGGGAUCUCCGGCGACACAAACUCUCUUUUCCGACGACACAAGUGAUCUUGAUCUUGACAAUGGCAAGCGCAUGAAGUUAGAAGAAGAGAGACUAUUAGAAAACAAGAAAGAAGGUUUCUCCUCUUCGUCUACAACGGCAGCGACAGAGGUGAAGAUCAAGAUCUCUAAGAAGCAGUUGGAUAAACUAUUAGGUAGCUCCGACGUACGACGGCUGUCGGGGGAGCAGCUAAUAGCUCAGUUGAUGUCGAUGAACGUCAGCCAUGGACAUGGGCUCGAUUUGGACUUCGAUUUUGAUGUAUCAACCACGCUAAGAGAAGACUUUAGACCCCAACAAGCUCGACAAUCCUCAACCGCUACUGCUCUCCCUACGAUCGAAGAAGAUGACAACGAUUUUCAGUCGCCGAUGGUGGGUUCCGACCCGCAAGUUUCGGAUCCACCUCGGAGCUAUAAGCGGCUUCGCCGUGGGUCUACUUCUCAGCCCACACCGAAUGUACGGAAGCGGGAGUCAGUGGACUCGUGUAAGGUUGAUGAUGAUAUCGAAGAGUUCUCCUCUCAGGAGGAUCGGCAUAGAGGUAAAAUCAGAGAGUUGUAUAGUGUUUGGUUUGUUUAA